AUGUCGGCUUGAGGCAGGAGUGGCGUUGUGUCAGAGAACUCAUAUUUGCUCAGAAUGGACUUCCAGUCGGCCAUGGAAACUUUUGCAGAAGCAUGGGUCGCCGCAAACACACAGACGCCACUCACAGAGGCCGCGGAAGCACAGAGCCUGGCAGGGGUUCCCCCAAGCGUUGGUGUGGCUCCUCCUCCGACGGGCGGCGGAACGGCAACCAGCGCAGGAGGCGGGGCGUCCGGGGUCGGGGGUCAGCCCGGUGCGCCCAGAGCCCCCUCUUCGCCCCCGCCUCUGUCCCUGGCUGCCCAAGGCUCACCCGAGGAGCAGGACCGCAGCAGCAGCAGCUGUGAGGCGCCGGCGCCCACCAGGCCGCCCCCUAACGUGCUGGCCGAUGUGGUCCGGAACGAGCUGAGAGAGGAACCAACCUACCUAAUGCAAGUUGAUUGGGGCAAGACGCUUCCGGUGCACUGCGUGGUGGAGCGGGUGCCGAGCCCUCAGACGGACAGCCAGCAGCCGUCCGUCGAGGUGGACAGCUACGCGAUCGUGCCCAGCGCCGCCCUGUUCGCCGACCUGGUGCGAACCGCGCUCACCAAGCUCGGCUACUCGCCCUCCGAGGCCAUCUGCGCCAAAGGCGUGGUGCAGAUAAAGAACUGGAAGCCCCUGGCCUUCGACCAGAUCACCGAGCUUCCGGAGGCCACUGUGGGAGACAUGCUCAGCGACCUGGUGCAGGUGGCCACGCUCAGGAUACGCCUAUACAGCCGGCCCAAGCCCAACGUGGUGAACGACGUGAAGGAGAAGCUCCUUCAGGUGCUGCUGGCUCAGUCGCACUCGCUGCUGCUGAGUUCUGGCUGCCCCAUCGAUCAGACUACGCUGGCGGCUCUCAGCAAGGGGAAGGCCGAGUGGGAAAUCUCCGAGGACACGCGCAAGAAGUUCGACCAGUGGUACCUGCACCAGGUGUUCCAGCACUGUCGCCAGGUGGCACUUCUGCAGCACCAGCUCCAGCAGCAGCACCUGCAGCAGCAGCAGCAGAAGCACGUCUCCGCGGCCGUGCCGCCGCCUCCCCGGCUUCUGCAGCUGAGCCUGUCUCAGCCGCCUCUGCAAACGCCGCAGCCCCCGCCGUCUUCUUCCUCUUCUUCGUCCAUCGCUGCGCAACCCGUUAGCCUAAUCACCACGCCGCCGCCUGCCGGAGCACUGCCAGGGAUACAGCAGUCGCAGCAACCGCAGCAGACCCAGCACCCGGUGUGCCUACAGCAAUCCCUGACCUCCGGUGGUGGCGGUAGCUGUUCCUCGUCGCGGACGCGCAUCCGCACAUCCUUCGACCCGGAGCUCGAGUUGCCCAAGCUGCACCGUUGGUUCGCGGAGAACCAGCACCCGUCGAGGCUCACCAUCCAGCAGUACGUGCGCGAGCUUAACUCGCUGGACUCGCGGCGCGGACGCAAGCCCCUCGACGUGAACAACGUUGUGUACUGGUUCAAGAACGCGCGGGCGGCGCACAAGCGGGCCGAGCUCAAGCUCUUCUCCGGCGUCUCUUCCGGCUCGCUGGGCGGCGCCCUGGGCGACGGCGGCCCGGCGUCUUCGGCGCUGAGCAACGGCUUCCUGCCUCCGCUGCGAAGCCCCGCCUGGGACUGCGGAAUGGACUCGACGCAGGACUCGGACGACGGUUUCCGCCAGCACAGGAACAGCAAUGGAUUCUCCUCGUCCGCCGCCGCGGCGCUCGGCGGAGCCGCCGGAGCGGCGGCUGCCGCCAUGAUGAUGCAGGAGGACUCGUUCGAAGACGAUGACGACUCGCCGCCACCGAGCCCCGAGGCGACGCUGGACCUCUCGGUGCGCGGCCGCAACGGGGACCUGGUAAAGGAGGAGCCCCGGGACUCGCAAGGGAGCAGCGACAUGGAAGAGGACGAAGGCGGCGGGGGCGGCGGCAUUGCGGGCGGUGGCGGCGACGAUACUCCCCAGGACAGCGACGACGACGAAACGCGGUGCCAGAGUGGCGCGACGACAGCGUCCUCGGGGGCGACGUCCGGGUCGUGCGUGGCGGCUCGCGUCGACUCUCCGGGCGGGCUCCGCGACGAGCGGCGCAAGAGAAACCGGACCUUCAUCGACCCGGUGACCGAAGUGCCGCGCCUCGAGCGAUGGUUCGCGCUCAACACGCACCCGUCGCACGCGCAGAUCGUGCGCCACACGGACGAGCUGAACAGUGCGCCGUACCGGAAGCGGUUCCCGCGGCUCGAGCCCCGCAACGUGCAGUUCUGGUUCAAGAACCGCCGGGCCAAGUGCAAGCGGCUCGCCACCGCGCAGCCACAGCGGCCUUCCUCCGCGUCGCCGGGCCCCAAGUCGGCGGCGGGCGGAGGGUCCGGCGGUUGUGGGGGCGAUAUCGCUGCUUCUUCGGCGAGUGCGGCGAGCUCGCCCCGGGACGUGGGUGUCCGGUCGCCGCCGCCACAGCAGGCGAGCGGCCAGUGACGCCGCAGGUCGCCGGCCGUGCUCGCCGCCGUGCGGGAGGACUCCUAGUCAGACUGCGGCUGGCCCCGCCCCCCACCCCUCUACGCCGCGCGCGCAGUUAACGCUCACCGUGCUUGCUCGCUCUCUCUCUCUCUCGCCAGUUCUGUCUCACCCUCUCUCUCACGCUCGAUCGUUAGAUAGCCCAGCGGCUACCCGAGGUGUGGUACGGGGUGGUGCUUAGGGCCACUUGCAAUCAAGCCUUUUACCCAACGUGACAAGGUCGCGCCGGAAGGUCCUUUUGACCUAUGGUCCAUUGUAUGGCAUUACUACGAGGGGUGUAUUCACACUAGAGUUGUUGGUCCCCGUGAACCUUUACGCAAAACUUUCAAAGUUCCUUCGUGAUGGCUCACGUGAGAACUGUCCACGAUUUUAAUGUAUGGUGUAGUGGCAUUUGACUUUAGGCACCUGGGCAUGCAAAGUCAGGCACUUUAUUUAAUCUAAUUCGUCACUUGUAGCAGGGCAUGCAAAAAUCGUCUCAACAAGUAUUCUCCGUGAGAGAUGACAGUGCCACAAAAUCCUAGCUUUGCUGGCCUGUAACUUUUCUUUUCUCUGAUUUGUUUGAAUCACAGAGAUUGAAAUAGAUGCCUGGAAACUGCUCAUGCCAGCAUGCCUCUUGCUAUGCUUCCACACAUCAGCUGUAAAUACACCUUUGCUGUUUCCUCAUUUGCAUUAUGUUAGUUUUUAUUUACAUUUAGUAUAUACCGGUGGAGUAUAUGCAUACACUGGCUAUCCAAGCGUGAGAAGUUUCACUUGUACAUUUCUGCCUGAGCCUGCUGCAAUUUGCAUCCAUUAUUUAACCGUGAAAUCGCCCACUUUUCAUUCAUCUUUCUUUUUUUUUUUUUUUUUGUAGCUCUCAGUUUUGAACUUCAGAGCGUGGUAUAAGAGGGAGAAAAAGGGACUGACACCAAAUGAAACCUGAUUCUCCAAAAAGUUAUAAACAUUUAUUUUGUAGUAAGACGCUGUUUAUUUGUUCAUGGCCUUUUUGGCACUACGAUUGCGGGGCAGAGGUAGGAAAGAGACGUUUUAAAUUUCAGAAUACUAGUGAUCUUGGCAUUAGACACGUCUUUUGAUUGUCACCAACACUGAUGCCAAUUUUACAUGGCUAGUGUUGUUUGCAAAUGUUAGUAGUGCUAACAGUCACUGACGUGCGGUUCGAUUUUCAUUUCAUGGCGACAAAGUUCUGGCUCAAAUAAUUAAAAGUACAUUUUUGACUUACCUGCCAUUCUUGCUUUGCAACAUCCUGUGGGACUAUUAAUACGCAUAAAAUGCUCAUAUCUUAAGAUGGCAUUGUUCAACAUAACUAAUCAUCAGCACAUCUGAUUUUACCAUUGAAAAAAAAAAGAGUAUAACAUCAUUCCACAUUACUCAGUAGCAUUACGCCGCCGUCUUUGUCAUUGUGCAUUCAAAUUGUAUCCUCAACAACUCCAUCAUGACUCCCUCGUUUUGCCCAGUAAUGCUUAAAAGGCACACUUGGAUCUUGCGUAGGUUUCAUUCGUAUGGCAGUCGAGGGGAACUAGAAUCAAAAGUAUUUCGUCUGUUCAGUGUUUCACCGAUCCUCGAUUUUUCUUAUCGUAAGCAGCAGCAAUAAGCCUCAUCUCCUCUGCAAGUGUGUGCAUUUCGAGACCACUCAGUUGUCCUUUGACGAAAACUCCGUGAUGAAAUCUAUGCAAUUCAACGAAGGGCUCUCUGAUUUGGUCGUUGGGCCAUUCCAAGGAGGUCUAGAGACGUGUUGACAUCUCAUGCAAUAAUUCAUAAUGCUGAUAUGAACAAACUGUAAACAUUUUAAAGGACUGCAGGCUACUAUUCCUUCUAUCGGGCGGUCAGGCCAGCCAAUGUCUAGGAGUGGCCCCUCCCCUCCCACCCCGCUCCUUUUAAUGCCGUUUUAUGACAUGUAGAUUUUAACAUAAAGAUCGGCGAGUUAUUAUAGCCUUUUGUUGUGGUUUUUAGUACUGACAGCCCACAGUUGCAUGACUGCUGCAUUCGUUGCAGGUGUGUUUCUGUGGAAAUUUGACGGCAAGGACAGAUGCCUACUGCAUUAGGAAUGAGGCUUACGGGGUCAUCAUCUAAUCUGCCUACUGUGGCCAGUAUUAGGAUCAGAUAUGAACGGCAUGCUGCAAGGACUUUGUGUAUACGUAUUUGUCUCUCUUGUAGCAUUUUAGUCAAGGUCGUAAUUUAAAGAAGUGGCUGUCCAGAGGCCACCCAGUUUCUUAGACACGAGGUCCACAACCUUUUCUGAUCAUGUAACUUCCCACUGUUCGAUUUUCUGAGCAUGUCUACAGUUCCUUUCCGGGGUGGCUGCGGUACGUGUUGCGGCUCGCAGUCUUCUAGCCUUGCUUUCUUCUGUCAGCGUAUAGAUUUCGUUGGUCUGCGGCUAUGUCUGAGGAAAUUGUGCGAUGUGCUUGCUUUCAAAGCUGUCAACAUCCAUCCCGGUGGCUCUCUCACGUUUCUUGUUAAACUGUUUGUUCGAAAGAUUUACUUAUUCCUGAUAGUGCAUACUUGCAUGUGAGUGUGUUCCGUUGACCGGUUCUCCCAAGUUUAUUGGUUUCAAUGUUCACUGCUUGUGUCCAGGAGACAUGCGAGACUACAAGUUCCUCUCGUCAUUGGUUCUAGUAUUCCUGGGGUCUUUCUUCCGCAGUAUCAACAGGCAGUUCCUUCGACCCGUCUUCACACCUAUUUCAGUUUACGGGGCAAAGAACCGCUGCAAACGUGGCCGGAUAAGCCGGGCUGGUUGCGCGAUCUUGUGUCAGUUUGGUCGAUAGCAUUAGACACCUUUUUUUUUUCUUGCUGUUUUUGUUGAAGACAAACGAAAAGAAACUGUACAUUCGUAAUUAGGCUGUGGCCGACACUUUAGGCUGUGGCUGACACUUUUACGGUGGCAGCUGAGCAGCAUAUAACCCUUAAUUACAAUAUACGUCUGUGCUAGUUGAAUUCACUGUCACGAGGGGAUGCUACCUGUGUGAAGCCGCUUGCUGCUGCGAACUUCGCUUGACAGAUUGGCGCAGAGCAGUUCUGAGAGUUGCGGAUGAUCGGCAGGCGAUAGUUUUACGUUCGGGAUGACCCAUAAAAGACAAAUUUGACAAAUGCUUUGAACCCACUAACGGCACCUGGUGUGCUCGAACUUGACCUGUAGCAUGCAGCAGCGAUCAUGUGAUAUUCAAUCGUGAUCAGAAAUGACUGUGUGCCACUUCAGUGCACUCGAUGCCAAAGAUACUGCACAUCGUUUUUCAUCACUCUGCGCAGCUCAGACACUAAGGCUUGGGCGUACCUCUCACAUUUGGCUGCGUUAAAAGACACACUCGGCGUCUGGACAAAAGUUACGGGAAGCUACGAAAGAAAACUCACGCGCGUUUUUCAGAAAGAAAGCUUCGCAUUUGAAGAAGAAUUGGUCCUAGACCAGUGUUUUGACCUUCUGGGGUUCUUUAA